GGCAGCAAUGUACACAAAGCUUUAAUAUCAACAAUGAAACACCAGACGAAGAAAUGUCGCCUGUCAAACGCUUGUUAGCUGGCUAAUGCUAACUGAUGCUUCACCAACGCUGAUGCUAGAUCUCGUGCUUCCUGUGGACUGAUGGAGCUGCAGUGGGAAGAUCCUCCGGUUCCUGAUGGUCCAUUCUUCACCAGAGAUCUCUAUGAUAAAUAUUCCCUUGCACCUAAUAUCAGAGAACUGUGGACCUUUCUCCAAAGUCCUGUAGAGAACAUAAAAGAGGGAAGUGAUGUCGGGGCUGCAAAAACCUCCAGCUCUCAUCCUGCAGAAGACGCUGCAGAGUUUAAAAACAAGAGCUGGGACAGCUGUGAUAGUGACGACCCAUUUGCAGACAAUGCUGCAGAAGGUGCAGAAGAAUGCAAGGGUGCCAAAAAAUCCAAAGUGAAGGUCAGUCAGGUUGAGAAUGAGGCCCGGGCUGCUUUCCCUGAACCCAGACUGCCCUACCCUCGUGUGUCCACCCUGUCCAGCAAAGACCAGAGCACGUAUCUUGGCUAUUUGAUGAGUAAGAAAACCAUGGAUCCUCCACAGAGUUUAAAGGCACAAGUAAACAAAGAAGUGAUGCAGUUCAUGCGGUACUUGCAAGAUGUGGCCAGAGUGUGUGUUGAUGACUACAACUUCAUAUCACAGGGAGCUAUGCAAUAUUCCGAGGAUUUCUUCAGGAGCUGUUUGGAUUACGUGAGGAUGAUUCCUCAACUCUACCAGAUCCACGAGAUGACGAGUUUGACGGGGGGCACGUUCAACCCAGGGCUGAAGCUGACCUUCGAAAAACAGCUUCUAAUCAUGGGCAAUGUGGAUAUUACAGACCACAAGAUAGUGCCUGCUGAUGCACAGCUUGCAUCGGAUUAUCACAGUGUUUCAUCAGAGACUCCUCCAGCUAAAAAGGCUAAGGACAUGCACGCUACAAUCAGCAGUGAUGGUAAUGCAGAGAAGCUGUCUGCUCGUUACGAGCCUCAUGUGUGUAUGACUCGAGAUGCCUUGGUGAAGCUACUGGACAAUCAUGGUCCUGACUUUGGGGAGCCAUGGGAGCUGCCUGUUUGGAUCAAAUCAAAUCCAGGAAAAGGCAGUAGUCUGAAGAAGACGGUGUACAUAGACUCCCCCCUGCUUAAGACUGAAAUGACAGUGAGAGAGAGGAGUCGCUUCUACCAUGAGGAGAGUUUGAAGCUCUCCAUCACGAACAAUGGAAGAAAAAACCUGUUUCAUUUAAUGACAGAGCUUCCUGUCAGUGAACAGCAACCUACUCCGGAGUGCUCACAAAGAAAUUUAGUGUCCUUUGAAAACGAGAGUCUUGAUUUUGAGGUGGACCUCACUGACCUGGAGACAUUCGGGGAUACGGCGCCAGUUAAAGUCUCCGGGAUGCAGAAAGUACAGACUGAGCAGCAUGUAGGUGUUAAGUAUAAAAGUAUAAAAGCUACAAGUGUCCCACCUGUAAGUAAGAAGAAAACGUCCAGUGGGGAUCCUGCAAACAAGAGCAGCAGUUCACUAGAAGACAUGAACACCUCGUCGGCUGUUGUGGAUGAUCCCGUGACGAAGGAGGCAGCUCAGCAGGUUCAGAGUGAGACCUGUGAGCCAAAGACUGAACAGCUGAGGCACGACUCUGCACAGGAAAGUGACCGAGACGUAGCUUCUACAGGAGAAUCAGAUGAUGAGAAGCUGGUCAUUGAUGAUUUGUCUCCAGCUGCAACACCUACAACACAACCUAAGCUGAAGAGCUCACCAUGCUCUCCUGACCCCCCUGUUACCCCGGCCUCUGAGACCCUCCCCGUAAAGUCACCACAGUCGUCUUCCCCUGAGAAAGUCACGAGGCAGACGCGACUAUCCAAAAGAUCGAAGUCCGGCGACCAGCUGGGAGAGAUCCUACGCAUGCAGACAGCAAUGUUCACCACAGCAGGCAAAUGCUCCACCACUGUGCCCCAGGAGACCACCCCAUGCAUGGCACCCCCAAUUCACUCCAACCCAACGUCUUUGGUUAAACCCUGCGUGUCCUCGUACUUAGAGAGAAACCAGAACCAGGACGGAGAGACCUGCUCCGUUCCACACAAAUCUGCACCCGUGGUUAACGUCAACACGACUGAGCACAGAAAAAUACUGUCACACGACCUGCAGGCUGGUGCAGAAGAUGAACAAGACUACCAAGCUCCAGAGGAGGGAAACCUGCUCUACAAGCUCUACAGUCUGCAAGACAUGCUGCUCCUAGUGCGCAGCUCUGUCUCACUGACUCAUUCAAGACUAGUCGGCAGCAAAAACCAGUAUGUACCAGUGCACGUGUUGCCCAAGCUGGAGUACCAGUUGAGUUACGGUGUCGAGUGUUUAACCAGAAGCGAGGCGUGCCAGCUGUGGACAGAGACAUUGCUCCACUCCAGCACAGUUUCAUUCAUAGCUCACAUCAAUACACGCUCAUCAGAAGUAGCUCUGCUGAGGAAGCUGCCUGACGACUGGAAACAGAACAUCUCCUGUGGGUUCACGCCAUCCAAGUCUCUGAAUAUCCUGCACCACCUACUGAAAAAAGUCACCGGGUUGGACGAAGGACAGUACCUGAUUGCGCACAAAGCAGGGGAGCCGUUUGUGACCUUAUUGAAAGCAGCUACUGGGAAAGUGAGUCGGGGGGCGUACAACCUGCAGCAGCUCCACGGCUCCGUCCCACAGCCCCCGGCCUCGGGCUUCGUGCCCUGGGUACCGGUUGAUCCGGCUGUGGUCCUUCCUUUCCACCAAGCACAUGGUCGUGUUCCCUGCACCUUCCCGGCAAAACCCUUAGCAAAGACGGCGAGAGAUGGGUCAUCACAGGCCAACGGCCGUGGAGCUGGUCAGUCCAAGAGCCAAAAGAGGAAUGCAGGAGGGAACGUGAAGAACAAACGAAGCAAACGCACGGCCAGGCGCAACAACUAUAUUCAAAAGCUCAUUCAGAAGUCAGUUUAACAUCUCAUUUGACGUCACAGUUAAAUCAGAGGAAAGAACACCACGAACCUCUUAAGAUUUCCCACUGGAAGUACAGUAUGUACUUUAUAGUGAAGCACUUUCUACAACGUCAAAUCUACACUUUAUAUUUUUGUAUUGUUUUGAGAUGUUUUGUAUAUUUUGUCAGUUGAAAUGUUUUGUAAAAAAAAUAAAGUGUUCAUACCAGUG